UUGCCACCUGCAUUCGUACCGUGACGAUUGCUAAUCUGACUUCGACCCAGAUGGGACUAUACCUCCUCUAGGUGCCUCGGGGUUUACUUGCGGUAAUACAGCAGUGAAUAGACUCGUUAUCGAAGUUGACUAGUGGCGACUGGCGGGGGUCGGGCUCGAGCUCAACCUCAAACGCAGCGCUUCUCUGCCCCACGACCAGCCCAUGAAUGGCCUCGAUCUGUGAAGCGUCUUUUCCCGUUCUUCGACGACCUGAAACUCUGUCUCGAGACCCGAAAUGCCACGCUGCUGUUGUCGUUCUGUUUCCAACCCCCAUCAUCAAGCUUUGCACUUGAAAAUUUCCCCCAGCACCAUCCUCCCUUCUUCAUCACCAUCAAUACCUACGACCACAGGAGCUCACUCCCUUUGCUCGCGAACUUGCCUUCCCAUUUGUUCACCACCUACUCUAGCUCUUGUCAUGUUGGUUCCCCAUUGAGUGGGGUGGGCUACCUAGGCUAACCGAAAGUAGAUGCCAUAGUGGAUGGCAUUGUCAUCUCUACUCUUCAGUAUGCCAUAUCUACGCGUGACGGGCAGGAUGGAGCAUCAGAGCAAAAAUUGGAUUCCAUUGAAAUCGUGGUGAAAGUUGCCCCCAUCCAUUCAUCCCUCCGUUUUCGAAGACCAGUAGAUUUGGCAACAACCGUGAUUGUGCCAUUUCUCAAAGGGAAUAGUCGAAAGAGUUGAUAUUGCUAUCGUGUUACUGAAGAGAACUUGCGGUGCCUUUCCACGAGUGCGGUCGCGCCGGUUGCCUGCCAAGACACGAGAGGUGACACCGGUCGUUCUCGUUCGUUUCGAUUUUCUUCGAGUGCAGUAAACGUUCCACUUAAAAUGCCUUCAAGACUUGCAAAUGCGUCCUUAACCCUUAGGCCGCAGUUUCCUGUGAUUCCAGGAUUCGGUAAGUCUUAUGAGGCGGUGGACAAUGUUCAGGACACAGCAAAUUGCGAUUGCAUCGCCUCUACCAUCGUGAAGAAUACGCACCUUUCUGCACAGACUCGGCUGCAGCGAGUCGGGAUCCAUGUUUGCUUUCUGUUCAUCAUCAUCCUGUUGUGCUAGUUGGCAAUAGUUAUAGUAACCCAAAACUGUUCUUGUUCGUCACUGGAGUUCCUGAAAACGACUCAACGAACACAAACUCUCGGAUCAGAUCAGAUCAUCACUGGUUUCGCGGGUGGAUCAAGGGGUAUAACAGCCUUAGCAUUUCAUAAAAUGGGUUUCCAACGUCUAGAAACUUCAAAUCCUAAAUGCCAUAUUCGCCACCUUUCCGAACUUCACUAGGAAUCGUCCUUAUCUUCUCUUUCUUUUCAUACCAUCUCCUCGCUCUCGCUCACGCAAAGACCGUCUCUCGGAUCAUCGAUGAUACCUACGGCGAUGAGGCGACUGGGUAUUUACCAGUCUAUUACCCUCACGACAGCUGGGUCUGGAGGCGUAACUGCAACUCUGAACAGGGGUGUGAGAUAGUGCCUGACGAUGAGAACAAAAUUCAGAAUAAGACGUGGACGGCUGCUACCUACCGAACGAAUAUGACAGCCAUGGGGUUGACACUACAAUUUGAAGGAACUGCCAUUUCGGUGUACUUCAUACAGACGAACGAUAUCGGCAAAAAUAAUACCAGAAUCACGGAAUGCAACUUCACUUUGGAUGGAACUCUCAGUUAUCAAUUUGUACAUGAACCAACCUCUGAGAGGGGAUUCGACUACAAUUAUGAAGCAUACAGAGCGACUGCUUUGGCCAACAAACAGCAUACGUUGGACAUAGCAACAGGUAUACUGGACCACCAAGUGUAUAUCAGCUUUGAUUAUGCGAGAUAUACCACCGAAAUUUCCGAUGACCCCAACAGUACCAACAUCAGCCCCAGUCCGAGUCCUAGCAAUACCACCGUGGUCGAGUUGAAGAAGAGGAUCAGUGUUGGAGUUAUCGUCGGCGCCGUUGUCGGUGGAGUUGGCCUUCUCUGCAUUGUGGCCGUCACCUUGCUCCUUAUCCUUCGCAGAAAAAGGCGAUCAUCUCACCCUCACGACCAAAUACCAAAGCCUUAUCCGGGCAACCCGCCGCCCGAAAUGAAUCAAAUUAAGGAGACGAGGGAGCAGUUGCGCAGUUUACAAACCCAAAAGCGCAGGAACAUUGAUGGACUCGCUUACAAUGAUUCUGACUCUCCGCCUGCGUUGCGUGAGAUUCGACACAUACAAGCGCAGAUUGAUUCCCUUCAAAACCAGAGUCGGGUCCAGCUGUCGGUUGGGCCAUCGGAACUUCCACCAAGCUACCGUCAAGUACGAGGAUUAACUUGA